AUGGCUUCUAACAUCAGCAUUCCAAAAAACGAAAGUAUUCAAAAUGAUCACGAUUAUGUUAAAGUCGAUGAAAUGGCUCUUAAAGUGAAUAAUGUUAAUACAAACGAAGACGAUAGAGCAGUAACUUCGGUUAUAAAAACUAAUAAUAUACAAAAAAAUAAUCAAGAACAAUUACAUGCAGAUUGUGAAGAUACAUAUAGUAAAAAAGGUAAAUUUUCAUGGAAAUUAAUCGAAGGACACCAUAUACCAUACAUCGAGCGUGUAAUAAAUGGUGUAAAGUUACAGUUUGCAUCCGUACGGAUGGUGGAAACUCAGCUACUCAACGAAUAUUUACAUUAUUUACAUGAAAAUAUGUAUACUUGUUUAUCAGUUAGAAGUUAUUUUAUCACUGAUAUAGAAGCAGCUUUAUUAAAUGAAAUCAACAAUUUUCAUACUGAUUUUGCUUUUGGGAAUGCAAUUUUCUUUGCAAGAAAAGAUUACAUAGUCCUUUUAGAAGAUGUUCAAGAAUUUUAUACAUUCACAGACGUGUGUUAUAAAGCAUUACUGUCCAAAGAUAAUACAGGUCGCAAAAAAAAAUUUGGUUAUAUACUUGUUAACUUCGAAUCUGUUUUACCAUAUAGUAUUAAGAAUGACAAAAGAUAUAUUCCUUUAUUCUGCUUUGAAGCCGAAAGAGAAAACCUACAACAUUUAAGUGUUAAGUUAGAAAAUUGGAACUUAGCCUAUCUGAAGUUCUGUUUUAAACUUCAGGGUGCAAAUAAUGAUGAGUUUUUCGCCAGUGAUUCUUGCAUGGUGAUCAGUCUUGAUGAUAUCAAGAAUUUAUAUUCAAACGACACAAUUUUUGAGGAAUAUUGGCCCCCUCAUAUCAUUGAUAUACAGCUCCUGACGAAUGAGAAUUCUACCAAUGUCAAUCCCCCAGGGGUCUGGAUCAGAGCACCCCUUGAAGAAGUAAUUGCUGAGAAUAGUACUAUUCCUCACACCUUAACAGAAUCAGUGCCAGUGUUACCAAUGAGUAUGCCAGUAAUAAACUCCCAUCAAAACAGAAGGCCAGAAAACCAAAUGGGUUCAACAUUGUUACAAGGCAGUAGUUUGAUAAUCGGUGCGAGAAAUAUUGUACCUCCACCGCCUCUACUUGAAUCAGUCAAUACGACACCAGUAAUCGGUGAUACGGUCUCAUACUCCAACGCUGUACCUCUUAGCGUAUGUAUGACAACUACGAACAAUUCAACGACCAAUAGCAAUAUGAUGUCACACUCGAAUCAAAUGCAACAAGCAUACAGCCAAAAUGCUAUUAACAACAACGCUGUACCUCUUAGCUUAUGUAUGACAACUAUGAACAAUUCAAUGACCAAUAGCAAUGUGAUGUCACACUCAAAUCAAAUGCAACAAGUAUACAGCCAAAAUUCUAUUAACACCAAUGCUAUACCUCUUAGCUUAUGUAUGACAACUAUGAACAAUUCAACGACCAAUAGCAAUAUGAUGUCACACUCGAAUCAAAUGCAACAAGUAUACAGCCAAAAUGCUAUUAACACCAAUGCUAUACCUCUUAGCUUUUGUAUGACAACUAUGAACAAUUCAACGACCAAUAGCAAUGUGAUGUCACACUCGAAUCAAAUGCAACAAGUAUACAGCCAAAAUGCUAUUAACACCAACGCUGCACCUCUUAGCUUAUGUAUGACAACUAUGAACAAUUCAAUGACCAAUAGCAAUGUGAUGUCACACUCAAACCAAAUGCAACAAUUAUACAGUCAGAGUGCUACUAAUAAUAGUCCAUCCCAUCAACAACGGAUACCACAGCAACAGCAUCAACAACAACAAUUAAUAAUUUCUACUCCACAAACGCAGUCGUCAUAUAGUAGCCAAUAUGUGCAUGGUCAUCUAACUAACACUCAACUGCAUAAUGCCUCAAGGAAUGUAGUGCCCAUUGUAGCUACUUCGACCACUGAAAGCAAUGGCUUAAUAUCACAACCAUGUAACCGUAUACUCCCAACUUUACAAGACACUUCUCUUCACCCACGUAUUGGAUUGGGAUUGACUAGAAUACCUGAACGGACAUGGACAAAUGGCACAGAUAUCCCUGCAUACAAGAUUGAAAAGGUUACACUUCGAGGGAGAAUGGUCCACUGUAUCAACGCCAAUCCAUACAUAUAUACAGAUGUAUUAAUUACAUUACGGGACCUGGUCCAGGUGGUGCUGCCUUCCAGUUGGACUGUCACGAGUUGCGCUCAAUACUUGCAUAAAUACUCAAAAAUUACCCUAUUCAGUGGAAAUUUAGAGCAAUUGGCCUUAUUGUGGAGGUGCGGACUCAUCAGUUCAAUUGAUCCGGAAAGCACACCGAUGGUAAUGUUGCAAGAAAUCAGGCAUUGGCUUAACGUUAUCCAUCUUAAUUUCCUCACCCAGCAUGCCAACGCCUCCGCCCCGCCCAAUAUGUAA